AUGAGGAUAAAUAAUGUUUUAACAAAAUCGUGUCUGAUUAAAAAUCAGGUAAGGUUAUUUAUAAUUUUGAAUUUUGAUAAUCUCAAUGUCAAAAGUCAUACUACCUGUAUAGGUUAUUAAACGUAACAUAUAUUUUUGUGACAUUGUAUUAAUAAUAAUAUGUAUUUAUACUAGUUUUAAGAAGAUACGUUUUUAGUUCCGCAGAUUUGUAGCCACAACAGAGAAACCAAAAGACGUUAAAGCUGAUGUUAAAGGUUUGAGUUCCAAAGUCAUCAUUGCCAAUCCAUCACCUGGUAAAGAAUAAUAUGUUUUACCAAAUUAUAUUUGGUUAAUUAUUGGUUUUCCCCUUCGGGGAACAAUUUAUUAUUAGUAACUAUUGUUAUUUCAAUUUAUUUGUUUAUUAUUUUUUUCAAUGCUACAGAACGUGUGAAGAAAGCUGCAGAAAACGGCCCUUACAAGAAUCCACAAUAUUUUAGUUAUCAUAAAACAUCAUAUUUUGAUGCUGAAAUUGAAAUGCUCCAAUAUAGAUUACCAGUACCAUCAAGUUUAAAGUAGAUAAUGUAAGAUUUAUAUAAUUAUUUUGUAGGUUAACAAAUAUUAACAAUAUAAAUGUAAUAUCAUUGAUUAAAUAUAUUUAAUCAAAGGUAAUAUUAAGUGUAUUGUACAUAAAAGUCCUGUAAAAAGAUCUAAUGAAAUAAGUUUGAUAGUAAAAAUGUCCAUAUUUAUAUAAAUAAAAAAAAAAACACACUUUGUACAAUAGGUGGGCCACUAGGUGAGAAGUUGGGAAGGUAGGAUAUAGAAGAGAAUUUAAUGUAUAUUUGUACACAAUGACCAAUCAUUGCUAACCGAAAAACGUCUGAGGGAGUUCGGUUAUAAAUGUUUUAAAAGGGCAUAAUAUUUACGAUCUUCAUUAAUAUCUGAUAUUAAAAUUCUUAUAAAACAAAAUUCUUCAUUAAAAUCAAUUUAUUAUUCUUUUUUUUUUUAUUUACCACAAACAACAAAAUUAUAUAAAAAACUUGAAAAAUUAAAAUGUCUAUAAAUAGCUCAAAAAUGUUUUGAAAAUUUUACAUCUAGAAAAGACAAAUAUGAGUAAUGUUCUAAUAACACGACAAAAAAAGUAUUAUUUUAGUAAAAUUUUCCUAUUUUUUCCCAUUUGUUAUGAAAGCCCUUAGGAAAAUCCAAAAAAUUACCUCAGUAUCAUCCUGGUACAAUUAAUUAAUUUUAUAUUUAUACAAAACCGAUAUUCAUAUUAAAAUUAAUUAAUAAAUUACAGGUAUUUAUAUGUGUGUAUGUAUUUUUUGUUUUAGAUUCAGUAUGUCUUUUUAUAGAAUAUUAAUACGAUAUGUGCCAAUGAUAACUUUUCCAGUAGCUUUUGUUGCUGGUGUCAUUGGUUACAAUUUAGAACGAACAGUACGUGAUGUAACCACCCCCUCUAAACCUAGUAUUUUGGAAGAAAAAAGAAAGAAAAAAAAUGAUCCAAAAAUUUAUUAUGAAGAAAUACCGGUUUUAGAUAGAAAUCCAUCACCACAAUUUAAAAGAUGA